UAUCAGGUGGCAUUACAAAAGGCAUCCAAGGUGCCAAAGUUCCAGUGUAAGAUCAGCUGCAAGCAAAGCAUGUUUAAAGGGAAAAUGUAAUCAGCUGAUAUGAGUUUAUUGUAUGCAAAGUUGCUAAAGGAAACUCCUUUCCAAUGAGCUGUCUCUCAUCGACCCCCACCACUUGGAGAGCUGGAACAACAUUGGAAGAAGAUUCAUUACCUGGGACACUAUUGACUGCAUACAUAUUUUAUAGAAUCCCUACCUAGUGCCAAUGGGCAUCAGCUACAGCUUUUCCUAGCCAAGACAAUGGAUAGAAAGCCAUCCUGCAGUGAGAGCCCGUCCCUAGGCUCUGAGAAGGAGCCUUUGACGUGCAAGGCACGCUCAGAAUGCAAAAAGGACGGGCAACUGCUGAGGAACUGCAAACCCUCACUACGUCUGUCUGAAGAGCUUAACAAGGUGCAUCCCAGCCCAGCAGAAAGAGGGGAUGCUGGGAAUUUGUCUAACAAGUACUUAGCUGUUCAGAGUCCUGAGGCACCUUGCAAUGGCACAAGAAACAGAGGGGAUGAGGUUCCACCUCCUGCACUUACUGUCAUCCCCUCCUGUAGAGCUGAGGUGGAAUAUUUGCAGACAGGGGUAGGAGAGAGAGAGACUUGGAGUAAAAAAAUAGACUUUCUUCUUUCUGUUAUUGGCUAUGCAGUGGAUCUGGGUAAUGUGUGGAGGUUCCCAUAUAUCUGUUACCAGAAUGGAGGAGGAGCGUUCCUGAUCCCAUAUGUAAUUAUGGCUGUUUUUGGUGGGAUCCCUCUCUUUUAUAUGGAGUUGGCUUUGGGUCAAUAUCACAAGAACGGCUGUAUAUCAAUAUGGAGGAAAAUAUGUCCCUUAUUUAAAGGAAUUGGCUAUGCUAUUUGCAUGAUAGCUCUCUAUGUAGCAUCUUAUUACAACACCAUUAUGGCCUGGGCUCUUUACUACCUCAUUUUCUCAUUCCGGGCUGAGCUGCCAUGGACCAGCUGCCAAAAUUCUUGGAACACAGAAAAUUGUACCAACUAUUUUCAUGACUCCAAUGUCACUUGGGAAUCCAACUCCAUCUCACCAGCAGAGGAAUUUUACACCCGUCUUGUGCUGCAGAUACAUAAAUCAAAUGGGUUACAGGAUCUUGGGGGAAUCAGCUGGCAGCUCACACUUUGUCUACUCUUAAUCUUCACUAUAGUCUACUUCAGCAUAUGGAAAGGGGUGAAAACGUCAGGCAAGGUGGUAUGGGUAACGGCUACAUUUCCAUACAUUGUACUUACACUUCUGUUAAUACGAGGUGCUACACUCCCAGGGGCAUGGAGAGGGGUUAUUUUCUACCUAAAACCUGAUUGGCAGAAACUGCUGACCACUGAGGUCUGGGUUGAUGCUGCUGCACAGAUAUUUUUCUCACUGGGCCCAGGCUUUGGAGUCCUUUUAGCCUUUGCUAGCUACAAUAAAUUUCACAACAACUGCUACCAGGAUGCAAUGAUCACAAGUACAGUUAACUGUAUGACUAGUUUUAUGUCCGGCUUUGUGAUUUUCACUGUGUUGGGUUACAUGGCAGAAAAGAGAAAUUUGGAUGUUUCUGAAGUAGCCAAAGAUACUGGCCCCAGUCUUCUUUUCAUCACAUAUGCAGAAGCCAUUGCCAACAUGCCAGCAUCCACAUUUUUUGCCAUAAUAUUCUUCUUAAUGUUAAUCACCUUGGGCCUAGACAGUACGUUUGCAGGUCUAGAAGGAGUAAUAACAGCCGUUAUAGAUGAGUUCCCACACGUAUGGGGAAAGAGAAGGGAACUGUUCGUCUUCCUUCUGAUCUCAGUCUGCUUCCUGGGGGCCCUUUCAACUCUGACAUUUGGUGGUGCCUACAUGGUGAAGUUGUUUGAAGAAUAUGCCACAGGCCCAGCAGUUCUGACAGUGGUAUUUCUAGAGGCAAUUGCUGUGUCUUGGUUCUACGGUAUUAAGCAAUUCUGCAAAGACAUAAAGGAGAUGCUGGGGUUUUCUCCUGGAUGGUUCUGGCAGGUAUGCUGGGUAGCAAUUUGCCCCAUAUUUCUUCUGUUUAUCAUUUGCAGCUUUAUGUCCAGCCCUCCUGAUCUUCGCUUGUUUAACUACAAAUAUCCCUAUUGGACUACUGUGCUGGGCUAUAGUAUUGGGACGUCCUCUUUCAUUUGUGUUCCAGUGUACAUGGUUUAUCGUCUGGCGAGCACACCGGGCUCCUUAAAAGAGCGUAUUAUGAAGAGUAUCACUCCAGAGACGGACACAGAAGUUCCCCUAGGUGGGAUCCACAUGAAUGCUGUGUAACCAGCAGCAUGUACGAUCCCAUUUACAAACUUUACACACUCCAUCCUGUGCCUACGGAAAAAAACCUCUUCCAUACCUCAGACUCUCUCCGGCUCAUCUGCUCCCUACAAAUAAAAAAGCAAAAACUGGGCCUCCGUUGACAACUCUCACUGAAUGGAAAUGUAGAAAGAUGGUUUGUUUGUAUGUCUGCAAAUUUUGGACUAAAAAUGGCAAGAGUUACGCUUUAGAUGAAUGAUGGGAAACUAUGUUACUUAAAGGGACAUAAAGACUAAAUACAUUGUAUAAGGAUAGUAUUGGGGUUAUUCCAUGCCUCCUUCUAGUCAUGGGUGCCUGGGCCAGCAUGUUGAAAACUAGCUUUCAUGUCAUUGCAGUGCUGACAUGUUUGCACAAGUGUAGCAACUUUCCUUGAGAUACCUGCAAUGAAACCUAGGUUACAAUAUGGUGGCACCCAUAAUAAAAGUGAUGGUAAACUUUACCAUGUUUUAAAGUCAGGUUCGGAAUCUAAGCAAUAUUUUACAGGGACUUUAAUUGAUCACUUCUAAUGAAGAUGCGCUGUAAUUUAUCUUUUAAUCUACCUGUGGCAUUCUAAUACACCACACUCCUGCCACCCACUUCAAAACUCAUUUUUAUUGUGAGCUAACAGUUUGAACUGUUCUCAAAUCGGUGCUAUAGCCAUACAGCAUGUAGCUAGUGCGCCGAUUAGAUUGGAGUGUUUUGAAGUGGGCGGCUCGAACACGAAGUAUUAGAUUGGCACGGCUAGAUUAAAAAAGUAAGUUACAGUGCAUCUUUAUUAGAAGUGAUCAAUUAAAGUCUCUGUAAACUAUCACUUAGAUUCCGGACCGGACAGUUAACCUCACUUUAAAUAUAGAUAGCAUGAAAUGUAUUUAGUGUUUACUGUCCUUUUAAAGAAUAUAAAAAUGUUAUCUGUUUACAGAAAUCUUUAUAUAUAUUGUGUAAUAGCCAAACCCUAUUAGAAUGGCCCUUUCCUAGAACUUGCAAAAGUUAACAGGAAAAUGACAUUUUAGAUAAACAACACAACUCAAUCAUAUGCGAUUUUGGAUAUACAAAGGGAUAAUAAUUUGUUAUUGGCUAUUUAGAGGGGAAAAGUUAGUAAUAUAACCAAAGAUAUAAUUUUUGAAGAUUUUUUUAUAAUAUAAAUUUCGGAAAGUCAAAUCAAAAUAUUUUAUGUUUCCAUAUAGAUCUGUUUUUUGAGCACAAGUCAUCAGAGUAUAGGAAUAUAGGGUUGUUUCAUCUUAGCGAUUUACCUACCUGUGUUCUGAGAUGCCCUGACUGUGUAACCUGUUAAUGUGCCCCUGGGCAGCCACUAAUUUAGCGGAAGCUGGAAUACGUUCAUUGCAUUCAAAGCCAAAUAUAUGUUGUAUAAAUACUA